GCAAUCAGGAUCAGGUCGCGCACCUUGUAAGUCCACAAGUCGUCGUCACGCGGUUCCGGCGAGCAAGUGUUGCGUCCAUCCACAAGGUAGCAGUUUCCCGGCAAACCAGUGUUGCGUCCAUAGUCAUACACAUAUUAGCUUCAUGGCGGGGCGGCUUUCUUUCGUGCCGAAGUUCGGAGAAUGGGACAGCCGAGACCCUGCUCGGUCACGGCUGGGACGAACUUCGCCGCCGCCGCGCAACCUCUACCGGGAUUUGAUCCGGAGCGUCGCCGUGUCCGGAGGGCAGUACAUCAGACAUCCCAUUCAUGCCGGAUCCAGCUACUCCCCAUCAGGUGCUUCAAAUUCGCACUUCCACCCGUCCAACAACUCCGACUGCUCUUCCGGUUCGGCCUCCGGCGCCGCCAGAGCGGACUUCUGCGCCCACGACCACGAGCUCACCAAGAUCGCUCGCCGAAUGGUCGGCGACGGGUACGCCCGUCGCAUGGUCAACGCAUUCGAUAGCGGUGGCCCGGACCGUGCUGCUCUGGAGACUUGGUUCUUGGAGCUUGACGUCGAUUGGGUUCUCCAAAUCAGUGAGGAGAAUUAUGACUUGCGGCAACAGCUCCAAGACAAGGCGUCGUCGUCGUCGCCCCAAGAAUUGGUGGAUAGGUGGAUCCGAGCCGUCACCGUAAUUGCUGUCAGUGUCACGGAGCUGGUCGUCACUGUCGACGACGAGACGCCAACCGUCGCGCGGUUUGGCCGAGCGAGCAUGGCCGAGAUGCUCGUCUUCGUCGAUGCAAUAAUCCCUGCUCUCAAGGAGGAGAAGCUACAAGCCCUGGUAGGUAUGUACAUGUGCGUCCGCAGUGCAUCAUACAGGUUCACGCCUCUGCUCAUCUCUUCAGAAGCCCAAACUAUACUCAACGAGAUAGGCGCCUCGCUCUCUAGAGAAGUGAUCAGGCUGAGAGAAGCCAUAUUCAGCACAAUGGAGGAGGUGAGGGCCCUCGUGGAGGACGAUGACUUGUGGGCAAUAGAGAUUCCGCGAGGAAGAGGCGAGGUUCACAGGAACACUCGAUUUAUGGUGGAUUGCAUCAUGUCCAUGGUUAAAGCAGGGGGUUCGACGCGGACCUCCGCACAGAGCCAUGACGACGCAAACUUUGGUGGCCUGGUAGCUGAUUCCGUCAAUUAUCUGAAGGACCUGCUACUGAGGAAAUCAAAGAUAUGCUCUGAUCCAAGCCUGAGGUAUUUGUUCCUGCUCAACAAUCACUAUCUAGUCGCGCAGCUGUCUGAGCGUUGGCCUGGAGACCAUUGGGGACUUGCACCUGAAUGUAUUAAAUUCAAGGAUAGCUAUCUCGAUGUUUCGUGGGGACAUGUGCUCUCUCACAUACCGAAAACAGGUUUCAUGGAUAGCUGCUGUCUCGAUGUUUCUUGUGGAUGUGCGUGGUUAUGCAUACCGAAAACGGGUAUUCAUGGAUCGCGCCAAAACCGCAAGCAAACAUCUUCACUCGCUAAAUUCGAGUCUGCGUUUCAUAAAACGUACCAGGCUCAGAAGUUCUGGAAGGUUCAGGACCCUCAGCUCAGAGAUGUGUUGCGAAGAGCUAUCGCGGGGAGAGUUGUCGAAGGUUACCGCUACUACCUGAAGAAGCAUCCGGCGCUAGAGAAUCAAGUUAGCAGCCGAGGCAGCAGUCCCGACGUGUUGAAUCAGAUGCUGGGAGAACUAUUUGAAGGAUGAAUACAUAUUGAGACAUCAAAUAGUCAUCACCCAACAUAUGUGAGACCAGGAUCCAUGAUCACCCUUGUAUUUAGAUUAUUUUACUUUUUGAAGUGAGGUUGUAUUUUGGGUUUA